GACGGAGUGUUAGGUUUGUUAGUGCCUGGCUACACAACUAAUGACGACGGUCGUGUAAAUAUGUUUCAGUUCAAACUCACCAAACCAAGCGAGGAUGAAUCUGAGGCGGAAAACAGCAAGACCUCACCACAGACCAGGGUGAAACCUACGAGAAAAUCUCGCCAGAAUUCGAGUUCGGAUCAUGGGUACGAGAAGACACGACAGUCUGUUAGAACACUUCCCCCUCUGAAAGCGAAGGUACCCACUCACAAAUGGCCACUUGGGCGUGCCUCUAUCAGCGAAGGCACAAAACCAUCCGGGAAACAGGUGCCAAGCGAGACUGAUUCAGAUGUGGACCCGAGGCGUGCUUCAGUCCCAAUCCCUCAGAAAACCGGCAAAGCCAUGUUCGCAGGGCUUGGAAGAAAGGUAACAAGUAUGGUCCGUGCGAGAUUAGCCUUCCAAGUAGGCGGAAAGAAACGAGACGAAAUCAUGAACUCUAACAGCAUGGAAGCGAUCCAUGAGAUGCCAAAGGUUCCUCGUUUCUCAUCAUUCCUUUCACCCGAGGCACAGUACGCUAUGAUGAUGGGAUAUGAGGACGUUCUUCACAAUCAGCUCAGCAAGUCCCAUCCGGAGUACCGGUCGGUCCUGAGGAGGAACAAGACCCCGAUGAUUCGCAUGGGAAUCGUGAAGCUGAACCGCAAGAGAGGCACCUCCAGGACAACCUUAGAUGUUGGUGUGGAUGAAGAAGACUCCGACCCUGAGACUGAGACGGCAGCUGCAGCGCCGGAAGUGGACGAUGAUGACAUGGAUGAAAUAUGGAGAAUUGAUUCACAGAGCCGUUCCAUGAUGGCUCCCCUUGCCACCAAAGGAUCGACGCAAAAGUCGUCCCGGAGGUCAAAGGCUCAGAUGAUUCCAAUGGAUCGGCGUCUGGAACUGACAUACCGGAUGGAGAGCGCCAUGGACAUCUUGGACACGCUGCGACGACGUCAUGGUCAGCCUCCAAUCUCGCCCCGAGUCCGGUCCAAUAAACGAGACAUUGCUCCUAUCAGAGACUAUAACUCCUGGACGAAUGUGUGGAAGAGAGAGUUUUCCCAAAGUGACAAAAGGCACUCAGCUAAAUUUAAAGUUUGAAUUCAUUUGUUUGGAAAGCGAUCUCAUGUUUUCAAUGUUCAAAGGGGCUGUGGAUUUUCAUUGUGCGAUGGCAUACAAAUGGAUUUGAAGGUUUGUCCUGUCACGUUUGGUUAAAACUGACUAUAAAUGGAAUAUAUUGCAAUGUCAAUGUAUCGAAAAAAACAAAUACUUGUUUUCGGUCAGCACAAAUUCACCGUAUCACUGAUAUGGUAUUCACUGUAAAUAAUCAUACAUUCUGUAACUAAGGCAUGCCAUGGAAACAAAAGUCUCAAAACAAAUACUAAUGUUUCAUAUACCAACCGACCGAUAAAGACUUAAACACAUGUGUUCUGUUUCAUCAGGGACGUAUCAAUGCAUGCUCCUCUCAUAAGACUGAUUGUUUGCCUGCUCAGUAUGAAUUGCUACACAAGCUUAUAUGUAAUGUUAUAUUUUACUCACGGGAUUUUCAUUUUCAUUGCCGUGUUUUCCGAUUAAAAUUUGUUCUGAAAUGA